GGUCGCCAAUGAUGCCAUCGCUGCAGGUGCCAGCCUCCAGGGCGCUCACGCAAGCGAUCCAGCUCAUGAUCAUGUGAUUAAUGUGCAGUGCUUUUCAAUUCACUAAAUACAGUACCAAGUUGUGGAUGAAUCAUGGCCGCCAUUCAAGUUCAUGUGGGGAGAGCCUUAGGGCUUUGAUUAUGACAGCUUGCUCGGCACUUCUUGCAUGAUCAGUCUGCAUUAUUAGCAGCUAGAUAAAGCGUGAAGGCCGAGUCCAGCGUUUCCAUAAUCCCAGCAACCUUCGCCAAACAGGAACCUAUCGAGUAUCCCAUUGCGCAGAGGAGUUCCUGUCCAACUGGAUCGGAGUUAGCACCUGCCUUUCUUGAAGGAUAUGGAGGGCAUGCCACCGAGCACCUUGGCGACGCAUGGGGCCAUGAGUGAGCGAAGAGGUGAUGCUGUUUUAGAGGACGACUGCCCUUACCCGCCUACACCAGGUCGCCCCUGGUGGCUUACCAUUCUAGGCCUACCUUUGCUUAUCAUCCUGUGGGCCUUCAAAUGGGUCUUCAAGCAGCGCCUCCAGUAUGCAAUUGUGGAGAACGGGAUGCUUAAAUACGCUCCGAGCGUUUUGGAUGCUCAACAAGGAUUUUAUAAGUUCCCAUUACUGGGGCCACGGCUUAUCCGGAAGGCGUUUGAGGUAGUACAGAGCAAAGUCUCCUACCCUCCUCAACACCUCAUGUCCAGUGCUCCUUCCAACUCUCCCGGGAUUCUCACAGUCCUGAAGACAGACAGCAAGCUUGAUGGACAAUGCAAGUACAAGGACAUCUUGACCUCUGACGACACUCCGGUACUUCCUGCUCAGCCCCGUAUCUUCCGAACAGUGGACGGCUUUGGCAACUGUCCUUACAGCCCGCACAUCGGUCAGGCAGCACAGCCCUACAGCUUUGUUGCAACCUGCAAGAAGCCAGAGAUCAACCGCUUCGGUCAGGUGAUUGAGAAGAAGCUUCCCGAUACGGACGACGUCUUUGAGGAGCUCUUCAAGAGAGAAGAAUUUGAGACAAACGAGGCCGGACUCAACUGCCUCAUCCUCGACUUUGCCACUCUGCUCACGCACGACCUGUUCAACUCGCACAACGGCUACAACGGAAACUCAUCGUAUGCGGAUCUCUCCCCCCUGUACGGGCAUGACGAACACACUGUGCGCCGUGUGAGGGUGUUCAAGAGGGGCCUCCUCGACCUCAAGAAGGUUCCCCACUCCCGGGGUGCCAGUGUCGAAGAGAGCAAACUGAAAGAGUUCAAAGAAGGGGUCAUAAGAAAAUUGAAAACGCAAGAGAAGAACGAACAAUCCCCAGGAGUAACGGAAGCGCAACCCAAGCAGCCCGGUUGCAUCCAACAUGGGGAGGGUAAGAAGAGCGCUGGCGAUUCCGGUCUGCAAGCGAUGGAAGCAGAAGAUAUCGGAAACCUGGUGAAAGUGGCGGAGGAAUGGAACUGGGAUUGGGGCUUCGUGGGUUGGAGGGCCCUGGUUGAGGUGUUUGGCAGGGAGCACAACCAAGUGGCAAAGAAGCUGCUGAAAUGGUACCCUGACAAGUUCAGCCACAAAUUCGGGACACCCAACAAGCAGGAGGCGCUGGGCGCCAAGUAUGACACUGACGGCUUCCCGCAGGACAAUCCCAAGCUGAAGGGCCGCUGGAUCAACGACGAGUUGCUGUACCAGACGGCCCGCUACAUCACCACGCGCAUCUACGGCAACAUCGUGGUCACAGAUUACGCAUCCAACUUCCUAGGGCUGAAGGAGCUGAACGACUUCUUCGUGGGGCGCCCCGAGAAGCUGGGCAACAGCUGCUCGUACGAGUUUGGGCUGCUGUACCACUGGCACUGCCUGCUGCCGGACGAGACGAUCAAUGCGGCGGAGCCGAGAGGCGUGCCCUCCAACGAAAACGACCCGAGGAGGGGCCCCCUGCCCGGGGACUACUAUGAUCAGCUGAACGAGACCAUGGAUGAAGGCUACAAGAAAAAGUUUGGCGCCCUGAUGGAGCACCAGGAGAAGAAGAUCGUGAAGGAAGUGCCGAUCGCAGAAGACGCACUCAAGGGCGAGAAGGACAAAUGGAAGAAGGUGUCUCUGGCGGUUGACCACCUGCCAGAGACAGAGCUGAAGCUGGACGAUCUGCUGCUGUCGCGGUAUAAGACACCAAUCGGCAGGUUCGGUGCCUUCCACACGCCCAAGUAUAUGAAGGAGGCCGAGAAGCGGACAAUGAAGAAGGCGCGCGAGCAGAACGUCGGCACCUACAACGACUUCCGCGCCCACCUGGGCCUCAUGCGCUGCGCAACGUACGAGGAGAUCAACCCAGACCAAAAAGUGGCAGGCGCCCUGCGCAAGCUGUACGGGACCGACUCAAAGGGCAACGACAAUGCGGACCAUGUGGAGCUGUACCCGGGGGUUUUCGCCGAGCGCUCGGGCCGCAAGGGCAUCAAGUUCGGCAACAUCCUCUCGAUCGGGCUCCUGGAGGACGCCCUGAACCUGAUUCGCAACGACCGCCUGUUCGUCGACUUCGACGCCGGAACGGCCACGGCAAAGGGCUACUACUACGCCGUCACCUCCCACUUCGCUGACGUCAUCGAGCGCAACACGAACCUGAAGCUGGUGAAGGAGGUGGAUGGAAAACCGGUGGACUACAAGACGAAGUACACGGACCCGAAAAACUGGCUUCACUGGCGGCUGGCCAGUGCGUCGCUGCUGACAGUGCCGGACAAGAAGAGCGAGGGUGCCGAGAAACCGGGUUUCCAGGGCACGGUGAGAAAGGAAAUCUUCAAGGGCACCAAUUGUGCACCCGGGAUACUGGCCAAGUACUCGGCCCCGAAGCCGGCCCCGAAGCCCACCGUUUUUAUUCCCCCUGGCAAUACCUCCAAGUUGCCCGCCGGCUCUCCAACAUCUCACUUCGAAGGGGCUCUAGCGGAGACUCCAGGCGCGAAGGAUUACUAGCUCGUCAAGCAGAUCAUCUCAAAGUGGUCCAGUUUGCCUAACUACGUAGUUGAUGCAUGUGUGUUUUUAUUUACGAGUCUAACGGCUAAGCCGUAGCAAGCCCCGUUGGGCAAUCCAACGAAAGGGGCAACCAUGGCAUUAGCGUUGCUUGGUGACUUCCUCGGUGUUUGACGAUUUUAGAAACAAAGAAGGUGAGUCACCUUCAUAGGACAGAUGAUUAGGCACGUUCUGAAAUGUAACCGACUUCAUUGGUUUCUGUAUAUUUACUACAUAACACAUCAGUGUCAAAGUGGUGAAAGGCCCUAGAAGGAAGUGCUGGUCUUGGGGCCUUUCUUUAGGAUAGUAUGUCUCGUUUACCUGAAGCGGCCGCCUAAGGCCACAGACGGAUAUACCAGUAGUACGUUUGUGCAGUCGAGCCACUCAAGGAUUCCAGGCCGUAAGACGGUCACUACACAGUACGCC